AUGCAUAGAGCUGGACAUAAGAACUGGCGGUUUAAGGCACACAAGACUUUCCAUGAAAGGAGAAAGGCGACCUGGGACGAGAGCAAUCUGGAUGUCACAGGGCAUCUAGCAUCCGGACCAGGCGGUGCGAAGAAGACACCUGCGAGUGACAUACCAUUCAAGAACCUGACCGUGGACGUGCGACGUGAAUCUCAAGGUUAUGACGCGCUGGAUUUGACACGAAUGGUCGAAUAUUGCAUGAAUAAUCCACACGAACCAUGGUUUUACCCUCGCGACUACGAUGCGGUGUUGCGGCUUGUGGGCGGCGCAGUUCCCAUUCGACACGAACAUAGCGAUCGCCAGGCGUUCAGGCGAUGGACCGAGUAG